CGCUGUGCAUUCAAAAGAGCAGGCAUAGAAGAAAGGAGAUCAUGCAAGUCUGCGGCGAUGGUCAGCAUGCGGCAAUGGCACUUUAUUGUGGGAAUGUUAUUCUUCAACCUAAAAGGUUGCAUGUCUGAUCUGACUGGUCCUGAAGCACUGAGUGGAUUUCUGGGCAGGUCACUCUCUGUGAUAUGCAAAUACGAUGUUGGGUUUAAGAAACAUGUGAAAUAUUGGUGCAAAGGAAGUCCAUGGAGCUAUUGUACAAUAGUUGUUCGGACAACAGGAUCUGAAGAAGAAAAGAUGGCUAGCAGAAUUUUUAUCAAGGAUAAUCAUGCUGGUUUGGAAUUCACAGUCAGACUGGAGAACCUCAAAGAGCAAGAUGCUGGGAUUUACUGGUGUGGCAUAGAAAGAACUGGCUCUGAUUAUGGAUUCCCUGUAAAUAUUACUGUUCUCCCAGGUCCUUACUCUGGACUACCCAUCAGCAGUAAUAGUACAGUGAGUGGACCCUUGGGUGGGUCGUUAUCUGUCAUAUGCCGUUAUUCGGAAGCAUAUGAAUCCUAUCUGAAAUACUGGUGCAAGGAUCUGAAAUACGGGUGCAAGAAAAUUAUUGAAACAACAAAAUCAUCCUUUCUAGUGAAACAGGACAGAUUCUCUAUCAAUGACAAUCGUAGCCUCCGCCUAUUUACAAUUAUUACAGAGAACCUGACUCUGGAGGAUAUUGGGCAAUAUCGGUGUGGGAUAAAUAUACCACUUGGGUCUGAUGAUUAUUUUCCAGUCACUGUGGUUGUCUUGCAAGAGCCUCUCACUACUACUACAACAGCAGCAGCAGCAGUAACUACCAGAGGCCCAGACUCAGACUCCGAACCACCAGGCCUUUUCAUCACAAUCCUGUUGCCGGUUAUUUUUCUGGUUCUGGUGCUGCUCUUAGUAGCAGCUUUGCUCCUAAUGCGGAGCCUAAAGAAGCAAAAAGCUGCCAAAGCAUGUGGGGAUAUCCUCCUGUCUACGGCUCCUAAUCAUGCAGAAGGCAAUACUUCUGGUAGAACUGUGAAGCUACAGCAGAGACCUCACCACAAGACAGCUCCGCCCAGCUCCCACCAAGCAACAAACCACACAGAAGAAGUGGAAUAUGCAACCGUGAUGAAAGCUUCGACUUCUGCUUCUCAGCCAGAGGUUCCUACAGCUACAGAACAGGUUUCUUAUGCUUCCUUGAGUUUUCAAGAUCCAGUUGAAGAAGCUACGUAUGCCAAUGUGUAAUAGGCACCCAGUCCAAAUCCUGAUAACUAUCGAGUACUGUGGACUGAAAAGGAAAAAUAGUUGGGACCUUCCCCGUGGGACACUUUCCCUUUCUGCUCCUCUCCUCUUCCAAUAAAGGACUGUUGCAACACCUUGUCACUUAUAGUGGUAUGACUGGACUCCACACACUUGAUCUCCACCUAUAGGCAGUGGCCUGGGAUGAGUUGUUGCUGAUCCUUACCACUGCAGGAACAUCAGAAGAAAGCUACAGGCAAGAAGCCAUGUUAAACUAAGCCAGGCUGCCUGCCUACCUGCAUCGAAGGAGCAAUCUAAUAACCUGUGAUGUUUUCAUAGGUCCCUGACAGGGAUGGAACAAGCUCAUGCUUGCUUUGCUCAAGUUCUUUCCUAAGUCCAUUCCAUUUUUGUGCUUUUUUAAAAAACUACAGAAAAUCAUUUAAAUAUUUCAUCACAAGAUAAUAUUUAAACACAUAUUCAGUUUCAUUGCACACCGUUGCAAACAUUUGGAAUCCUAAAGUAUACAUUUAAAAAGCCUAUGCAUUAUUUAUUAUUAUUAUUAUUAUUAUUAUUAUUAUUAUUAUU